GUGGGAAAUAUUCCAUUUGAACUGACAGAAGAACAAUUGAUCGAUAUCUUCAAGGAGGUUGGUCCUGUAAAGUCAUUCCGUCUCUUAUUUGAUCGUGACACUGGUCGGCCCAAAGGUUUUGGAUUUUGCGAAUUCUAUGAUGCCGAGACUGCAGCAAGUGCUGUUCGAAAUCUAAAUGAUUACGAUGUUGUUGGAAGACAAUUAAGAGUUGAUUAUGCC